AGCCUUCAACACGCUGUCUGUCUGUCUGUCUGUCUCUUUUGUUGUGGUUGCUGUCGAUGGUUUGGCCCACAAAGCCAGUCACUGCUGGCCUCGCUGCCAUGGCAACCAGAAAAUACUCAGUCCACCAGUGUGUGUGUGUGUGUGUGUGUGUGUUCGGGGAUAGAGAGCAGAAGGAGUCCAGAGGGACGACAACAACACCAGACUGAUCUUCACCUUUAGAUCCAGUUCUACCAUCUUCAUCUUCAUCAACGGGCUGAUUUGUGUCAGAUGGCGUCCAGCAGCUCCUGUCUGCUGCCUCCAGUGAAGAGUGUGGUGGUCUACAGGAACGGAGACCCCUACCACAGCGGACGCAGGUUUGUGGUGAACCAGCGGCAGGUGACCUCCAUGGAGGCCUUUCUGACCGAGGUGACACAGAACAUCGGGGCCCCGCUGGCCGUCAGGACCCUGUACACCCCCAGACGGGGCCACAGGGUCUCAGAGCUCCAGGAGCUCCAGACUGGAGCCCAGUACGUCGCUGCUGGCUUCGAGAGGUUCAAGAAGCUGGAUUACCUCAAUGGAAGAACAAAAAAGCAGCCUGCAGCCCGAGAAGAAACCCAGGCCAAAGCAGCUCAGAGGCCGAAUGUUUCAGCCAAAUGGAGGAAGGUGAUUCCUCUGCCUUGUAUUAUACACGUUUUCCGUAAUGGAGAUCUCCUGUGUCCACCGUUCCGCUUCAUCAUUCCUCGGAGCAUGCAGCAGCAGCUGGAGCAGAUCCUGAGUCUGGUCUCAGAGAAGGUCAGCUUACGGACCGGAGCUGUUCGCAGGCUGUGCUCUCUGGAAGGAGCCACCGUGUCCUCAGCGGUGGAGCUGGAGACUGGAAGCUGCUACGUUGCCGUGGGAACUGAGAGGUUCAAGAAACUCCCAUAUGUGGAGCUGCUGGUUUCAAAAGCUACAGAGAGAUAUUAUGCGGGAAAGAGAAGGCUGUUCAGGAGAAAUGAGAACAGGAAGGCAGGAAGUGGACCAGAAGACCAGUACAGUGACUCGGCUCUCCUAGACUCCCCAGAGUCAGACGGUCGGAGAGUGAAGUCGACAGGAGACGAAGCUGCACCUCCUCCAGCUGCUCAGCAGAGGAGAGGAGGAGCAGACGACUCCUCCUUCUUCUCCAGACCGGCCAAGAUCCUCCACAACAGGAGCACCAACAGGAGCAUCAACAUGUCCAGACCUCCACUCACCCACAGAUCUGUCAAGCCCAGCGUGUUUAAAAGAGGACGGAGGAGGAGAGAGGAGGUACGAGGAGCAGAGGAGGUCCACGAGGAUGAAAACACAGAGACGGAGCUUCCUGUCGACCAGAGAGCUGCAGAAACAGUGGAGGACGAGGAGCUGAACAACCACAGAGAUCCUCUUCAGAACAACCAGCAGAACAACCAGCAGAACAACCAGCAGAACAACCAGCAGAGAUAUCCACAAAUUAUAGAAAGUGAGCAGCAGAAUGGGAGAGAACACCCACAGGAGCUGAAAGCAGAUCAGACUCAAGAUGUUGUGAAACAGACAGAAAAGACAGAAAUAACGGACUCGGAGCUGAAGAAGACGUCAAGACCUUCGUCAUCUCAGAGGAACAACGAGGAAGAGGAGGAGGAGAAUCAACACGUCGCCUCGUCACUAACAGCAGAACAGAAUCAUGACGAGGAAAACCGCUGAGUCAUCACAACACCACAUGAUUAUUAUUAUUAUUAUUAUUAUUAUUAUUAUUAUUAUGACGACCUGUACGGAGAAAUGAAUGUUUUAGUAAAAAGGUAGAACUUCUAACUGUGCUGAUGAGCCAAACAACAACAUUAAAGGUACUAUGUCAUGACAUUUAUAUGGAUUAAUAGCUUUGUGUUUCAUAUUUUUAUUGAUGUGUAAACAGAAACAACAGAGGGACAAACGAUAGAUAUAUAUAUAU